GGUGUCCCGGGGGGUUGGCGGAGCUCAGCGCCGCGGGGCGGUGCGGCGGGGAGGCCGGGCGAUCCUUGUUGGGGCGGGGCCGGCGCUCGGGCUGGAGGGCAGCGAUGGGGGCGCAGCUCAGCACGCUGGGUUGGGUUGUGACAUACCCAUUAUGGCUCAUCUACAGCACUGUCCGGAGGCUUUUUGGGACUCCCCGUCCUGCAAUCACUCUGAAGGAUCCUGAAGUGAAGUAUGCGUUGAGGCUGAUUGAUAAAGAGGAAGUAAGCCAUGACACAAGGAGAUUUCGGUUUGCUCUCCCUUCCACGGAUCACGUUCUGGGUCUGCCAAUAGGUACGUUCCGCCUUUCCUUCCUGAGACUCAGAGCCACAUUAGUUGUACUGUAAAAGAUCUCAUGGGGGAUUUUCUCUUAUGUUUUGAACUGUUGAAUCUCAAAUGCUGCCUGUGUGGCUGGGUCCCAGUGCUGUGAGUCAUGUGCAGUGCCUGAAACCCAGCGUUCUUACUGAGCGCGUACAUCCUGCUUCUUUCUGGGAAGAUGGCAGAAGAAAGAAGUGUCGGUCUUUGUAUUUUUCUAAUCUUAACUUUCCAGUGCGUGUUACUCCCAUGGCACUCGGUGUCUGUGAUCCCACCCAUCCCUCAAGGCAAUGUUCCCAGCUGCUUCCCAGCUAAGGCAUGCAGUUCACCAGCUAGUCUGCUAAGCUCUGAGUCGCAUGGAACUUGUUAGUCACCAUGGAGUAGAUGUUUCCUGAGGCCUUGCCAUGUGGCGUAUUGCCUUCCAUACUAGCUUAGUGCUGUUGUUUCUCACUGCUUAAGAGCAUUGAAAGAGCAUUUCACUGCGGCUUGUGUUGAAUAAGGACUUUGGCUGUAGAUGCCUCUUGGAUGGUCUGUGGGUCAGGGGUGCUUGAUGGCAUAGGAUGUGGGAAGCAAGGCAGCUGGGAGUAACGGGUGUGGCAGCCAUGGGACAGACUCUGGAAUGCACUGUGUUUAGUCCAACACCAGCUUUUGGCUUUUAUCAGUGUCAUGGUUUAAUAAUUUUGUAAUUUUUGCUAUCAGUAUUCCACAUCAUAACAUCAUAUAAAGCAUGA